GUUAGAACAUUUUGUCCACUCCCACUACAAUAGUUGAAACGUUUCAAGAGUGAUUUUGUGUAUAUUUUCAAAAUCAAUUGCAAAUUUUGGACUAGUCCAAAACCCCAAAUAGAAGAAAUAAACCGGUUGUGCCAACUACCAACGCACGAGGAAGAAGGCCAUGGAUGUAUACUCGUGGGUUCGACGCAGCGUUUCGAAGCUCAAAAAUACCUCUUUGCCUUCAAUCAACAGCCAUAAUUCUCAAGUACUAAUCAAAGAAGAGGAAGAGUUGCAAUUGUAUGGAAUCACUGAUCAAUUGAUAGAAUUCGUCAAAUCUUUUUCUAUUGAAACCUUCAACAAUUUCACUCUUCCUGAUGAAGGAGCUGAUGGUGGUGGAAGUGAUGGAAGUAUACGGAAGGACCUCUCUGAUUGGCAAGAAAAACAUGCUAUGCUUGUUCUCUCCAAAGUCAAGUGGGGAAAAAUGAGAGAGAGAGAAAGAGAUGUUACUGGAAUUUAG